GGGCUAAUUGCUUUCAGUUUAUGACAGUUUAUGACAUUAUGACGAGAGGGGAACUUCAAAGAAGCAAACGACUCACAACAAACAGUCCUGAACCAUGAGAAAUUCCUCCUUCCUCCUCCUCCUCGUGGGGGUGUGCCUUGUCCAGGCAGCUUCAAGUUUUAAAAUCUGCGCUUUCAAUCUCCAUAGUUUUGGAGACUCCAAAGCUGACAAGCCAAUGGUUAUGAGCAUUCUGGUCAUGAUUAUUGCCCGCUAUGAUGUGUGUCUACUUCAGGAAGUGCGAGACAAAAGACAAACAGCUUUACCACGGCUGCUUGAACGGCUUAACAGGUAUGAUACUCAGCAUCAGUAUGAAGCUGUGUCCAGUGACAGACUGGGAAGGUCUGAGGUCUACCAGGAACAAUACGUGUUUGUCUAUAGGUGAGGUUUCUUUUUGACAUUUUGACAUCUAUUGGUUAAAAUCACUGGGACAUAUCAGUACCCUGAUAUUCGUCCUGGAGACGUCGAUGCUUUCUCCAGAGAGCCGUUUAUUGUCCGCAUCAAAGCUCCAGCGACGGCUAUAAAGGAGUUUGUCCUGAUAGCUCAGCACACCACUCCAACCAACACCACGAAGGAGCUCGAUUCACUUUAUGACGUUUUGCAAGAUGUCAAGAAGAUGUGGAAAACGGAGGAUGUGAUGCUUCUCGGGGACUUCAAUGCUGACUGUGGCUACCUCCAGAAGAACAGGAAGCACGUGCGCCUGAUCACUGAUUCAAGCCUUACUUGGCUUAUUCUAGAAAAUGCAGACACCACUGUGCUGUCAUCAACCAACUGUGCCUACGACAGGAUUGUUGUAAAUGGACAAAGGUUACUCAGAGCAACUGUGGCCUUUUCAGCCAAACCUUUUAACUUCCAAAAGGAAUAUAAACUCACAGAGGAACAGGCGAGGGAUGUCAGUGACCAUUAUCCUGUGGAAGUGGAACUAAAGUCGUCUGCACAGCAACAAGCUGCACUGAGCCUCCUCCUCCUCCUCCUCUCUUUUACAGUCACCUGUAGUUGAUCUUACCAAGUGAGAUGAUGCAAAAAGAUAUUUUAAGAACUGAAUUCACGCACAAA